CAAAUGCAAGCUUCCCAAAGACUUCGGUCACUUUCAUUACCUUGUUCAUGGGAAAGUUAAGAGUAGCUCACAGUUUCAAUUCUUUUUCUUCUCACAAAACAACAAACAUGAGAGUGUCCUAACAAUGAUGGUUAACAAAGGAAACUUCUCCCUUAUUUCCUUCUUCCCACCAUUCCAAUUUCAAAUCCACCACCAUUAAUAACUCGCUAGGAAUCACAUGCCAUUUCCAACACAACAAGGCAAAAGAGAAAUCACCACACACUGUAGUACUAAAGCUCCUUAUUUGUUCCCUUGUUUUUCUGUUACUUUGCAUGGCUUCCAACCAAGAACUCCACCUCCCUUUUAGGCUUUUGGUGGACAAAGAAAGAAACCGUGUGGUUGUGGCUGAAGCAGGUGGAGACUUGGUAGACAUUUUGUUCAGUUUUCUCACCCUUCCACUAGGAACCAUCAUAAGGCUUGUGUCAAAGAAGCAAGUGCAAGAUGAAGCAGAAGAGAUUGGUUGCAUCAACAAUCUGUACCAUAGUGUGGAAAAUUCUAGUGCUGAGGUUUUCUGGAACCAUAUUUGCAAGAGAAUGUUGCUUUGUCCACGCAACCCUUGUGAAGCACUUUGUCAGAAACUGAAGGUGAGGGUGGAUGAUUCAGAGCCUAUGAAGUACUUCAUGUGUAGCAACAAGUGUCGAAGGGGUGGUGAUUGGUUCUUGAGUACUUUCGCUGAGGCUAGUUGCUCUUGUGGGAAAUUGAUGGACAAAGAAAUGAAGUUGCAUGGAGAUUAUAAUGAAGGGACUUGUAGGGAUGGUGUUUUUGUUAAGGGGAAAACCAUGUACUUGAUCUUUGAUGAUUUAAGGGUGCUACAAAGCUCUCCUGGUAACUCUGUUCAGCAACUUCUCCAACUUGGCUACAAAAACUUUCACAAGCUCACAGAAAAGUACCUAAAUGUUGGCUUAAAGGAGAUUUUGGACAUACUAAAGCAGGCAUUAAUUUCCAAAUCUCCUUUGAGCGACGUAUUCUUAGGAAAUGGAGCAUCUAAGCGAGUGUGCACUUUCUCACCAAAACUCAGACCAGAGAAUCAAGGCUGCUUAAAUUACAAUUCCAUUAUAAACCUUAAGGUAACAGUGAGAAAAUCAAAGAAAACGAUACUGUAUGCUGAAGCUGAGGGAGAUUUUGUUGAUUUUCUAUUCAGCUUUCUCACAACACCUCUUGGAUCUAUUCUAAAGCUAUUGGAUGGAAACUUUUCUCUUGGAUGUAUGAAUAACUUGUACAAAAGUGUGAAGGAUCUCAAUUUAUCAUGGUUGAAAAAUCCUUCAGGCACUCCUUUAUUGAACCUCCAGGUGGCUCCUCAAUUCGGUUGUAAGAGGCAGCCAACACAACUUUAUGAGGAACACACACCUUGUUACUGGUAUGGCACUGGAGUGUUAAAAAAUAAUAUAUGUUAUGUCAUUGGGAAUGGAGUGAUUUCUAAGGAACAUAGUCUGAUACAACAUCCAGUAGCCAUGAAACUUUUUGAGCCAAGAUCUCCUGAUGGCACAAGAGAGUCCUCUGUGGGCUUUGUAAGGAGGCCAUCACUAUUUGUUGUGUGGGAUGAUCUUCAAGUGACACCAUUGGCAAAUACUUCCAGCAUUUCAUUUCUGCAAAAGCUUAAUGUUUCAUUGGAUGAUUUGGAGGAGCAUGAGCUGAGAAUUGGGGAGACAGAGGCACUAAACCUGCUGGGAGCUUCUUUGACUUGCAAAGCUGCUUUGACAGAAGGCCUGUUCUAUCUCCUGAAGAAGCCAAAGGAAGAAGCUAAAGUUUGAUCUUUUCCCGGUGGUUGUUAAGAAUCUGAAUAAUAGAGCAACCAUGCAUAUAUUUUUAUUUCUGUAGUAUAUGCCACCUGUUAUAUUAAUUAUAUUACUACACGAGUGCAUUGAAUGGUGAUGCAAAUUUUAGACUCCCUUCCCCUAAGCUAGAAAUGAUCUGUUAGUAAACUCUGAAAGUUCUACAAAAUGCUGGUUUCUUAAUUUCAAAAAAAAUGUGCAUAGGAAACAAUGUUUUGUAAUAUAUUGGUUUUUGCCCCAAAAGAAGUUUAGCUCAGUUGGUUAAACAAGAUACAUGAGUUGUU